GGAAGAAAGGACUGUUCGGCUUCCUCAUGGGAGUUGGUCAAACGCGCGCUCGUUUCCUUAUAAAUAUACGCCGACCCUGCAUUCCCAGACUAUACUAUUCACUCAAACAAACAAACAAACAAACAAAAAGCAAAAAAGGAAAGCAAGAAAGCUCAGCGAAAAAAGGAAAGAAAGAAAAGCAGAGAAAGAGAAUGGGGAAGGGGAAACGAAAGCUUCCGAUGGAAUUGAUAGGGAAGAAAGAGAAUAGGAUGGUGACUUUCUCAAAGAGGCGUAAGGGUUUGAUCAAGAAAGCCGAAGAAUUCCACUCCCUCACCGGCUCCUCCAUCGCCCUCAUUGUCAUCUCUGAGGCUGGUCGACCCUCCAUCUAUGGCGCUCCCUCUUUCGAUUCUGUUCUCCAUCGCUUUCAAUUGCAACACAACAACAACAACAACAACAACAACAAUGAUGAAGGAAUAUUAUCAUCAGCCCACUCCAACUCCCACACCACCCCCACUCCUGAAACCCUCUUCAUCGGGGGUUCCAAUCAAGAAGAUGAAAAUCUGGUGGUUGUGGCGGAUCAGGAACCAUGGCCGCCGGAGACUUUGGAUUUGCCACAUGAUCACCACAGGCACAGCUUUGACGCUCCUCCUUCUGAACUACUACUCAUCCCUCAGGGUGGUGGUUCCACCACCGCUCCAUCAGUACCUAUGGCAGAAGAUGACAACUGCUUAUUUGACAUUGACACUCUUCUCCUUCUUCUUGACGGUAAAGCUGAAGAUAACGCCGCCGUUAAUGGGACCCACCCUUACCACACCCCUGAUGACUAUGAGAAUGCGGUGGUUGUGGCUGAUCAAGAACCAUCGCCUACGGCUUUUGCUUUGCCACAUCAUCACUACAGCUUUUACGCUUCUCCUCCUGAUCAAGUGGUCCAUCGGGGUUCCAAAGAAAACAACGCCGCCUUUCCUAUUUUCAACUGAGAGCGGGGCCUAAUUAUGUAUAAAUUUAGAAAGUUUUGUUUUUGUAGAUUGAUCAUCAGUAAUUUUUGUUUUAUAAUCUGAAUUCUUAAUAAAGCCCUCAUUGUUAAUUUUUAAUUUUUUUAUUAUUAUUAUUUUUUUCUUUUUGUCUUUCAAUAUUACUCAUUUUUGAAUUUGAAGGGAAAC